UUGUGCAAACACAUGGUAGUGUGUACGAGAAAACUUUCAAUCAUGUCAGACGAUGAUGUUGAUUCCGAAUGUAUUGGCUUUCACGAAAUGGGACUUGACGAUCGCCUUUUAAAAGCAAUCUCUAAGUUAGGCUGGAGAAAACCAACCCCUAUUCAAGAGAAAGCCAUUCCUCUGGCAUUAGAAGGCAAGGAUGUGCUGGCUCGUGCUCGCACAGGAUCAGGCAAGACUGCUGCAUUCUGUCUUCCUGUCAUACAGAAAAUACUGGCAGCAAAGCAGGCUGCCUACAGAGCAGUGUGUCGGGCUGUCGUCUUGACUCCAUCUAAAGAACUGUGUAAUCAAGCCUUCAGAAACAUCAAGGACUUGACCAGCAGUUGCUCGGGAGGUGAGGUAGUAAUGUCUAUUAUCUCCCAACCCAGCCCUCUGACCUCUCAAAGGCGAUGUUGGGUGCUGGCUCACAUUGAGGCCAGCAACCUGUGUCGUGACUCUCUGGAGAUGGUCAUUAUAGGCCGAAAGAGCAGACCUUUGGUACUUUCAUUUGGAUAUGAACUUGACAUCAAAGACUUCUGGAACACCUGCCAAAGAUCUAUCAAGCAUUUACUGAUGUCUACCACUCUGACAGAAAGCGUGAAGGCCCUGAAGAAGAUGGUUCUCCACAAGCAGCUGUUGAAGCUGUUCCUUGAACAGUUUGGUGUCAAUGCUUGUGUCCUCAACUCGGAACUACCAGUCAACUCCAGGUGUCACAUUGUCACCCAGUUUAAUGAGGAUGUAUACAGCUACAUCAUCGCAUCUGAUGAAACACUGCUGGCUGAUCCCAAACAGAAGCCACAGGACAAGAAAAAACACAAGAAGAAGAUCCAUGAGUAUGGAGUGUCCCGCGGAAUUGAUUUCCAGAAUGUUUCAAACGUGAUCAAUUUUGACUUCCCCCGGAAUGUAGAGUCCUAUAUUCACCGAGUAGGCAGGACAGCACGAGGGAGUAACCAUGGCACAGCGCUGUCGUUCGUCAACAUCAAGGAGAUGUCCAUGUUGCAAGAGGUGGAGGAUGAACUAGCAGAUCAUGCACCGGAGGGUGAAAAUCUCUUCAAACCUUACAACUUCAAAAUGGAGGAAAUUGAAGGCUUCAGAUACCGAGCAAGGGAUGCAAUGCGGGCGGUAACAAGGCUGGCCAUCCGAGAUGCCCGAAUGAAGGAGAUUAGACAGGAGCUGCUCACAACAGAGAAACUAAAGUCUCACUUUCAAGACAACCCUCAAGACCUGAGAGUGUUGCGGCACGACAAAGCUCUCCACACAGUCAAGAAACAAGUCAUUCUCAAGCACGUCCCAGACUACCUCGUUCCGAAGACUCUGAAGAAUCUACAGCAGGAGGAAAAGACGGACAAAACCAGAAAAAGUGGCAAACACGGCCCAUCAAGGGGACAGCUGAGGUUCAAGAAAAGACAAGGAGAUCCUUUGAAAGGUUUUGAGUUCACUGGUCUCAGCACAAAGAAGAAGAAGAAGAAAGCAAAAUAGAGGAGAGAUGGUGCCGCUUGUAUAAAUCUGUAAAUAAAUAUAAAAAUUAUUGAA